UAAAUAGGUAAAGAAUAGAUACAACACCAUCACAAGAAAUAGAGUCUUGAGCUUAGAAGUAGAAAAAAUGAAGGCAACUUUGAUCACUAUUGUAGUACUUAGCUAUCUCUCAGUCCUUUGUGUCUCACAUGAUUUUGAUUUCUUCUUCUUUGUUGAACAGUGGCCAGGUUCAUAUUGUGAAGAACAUGGUUGUUGCAAGCCAUCAACAGGAGUAACACCUUCUGAUGAUUUUACCAUUAUUGGGCUUUGGCCUAAGUUCAACAAUGGUUCUACUCCUUCAAAUUGCAACCCCAAUAAUGUCUUUGACCCAACUAAGAUAUCUGAUUUGAUAAAAUCUAUGGAAGAAGAAUGGACAAGUUUAUCAUGUCCAAGCAAUGAUGGAACUGAGCUUUGGGAAAUACAAUGGAACAAACAUGGAACUUGCUCUGAGUCUAUUCUUGACCAACAUGCUUAUUUUCAAGCAAGUCUUAACCUUAAAAACAGUGUAGACCUUCUUCAAGCUCUUAAAAAAUCAGGAAUAGAGCCAAAUGGAAAGUUUUAUGAAGUGGAGAAGAUCAAAGAGGCAAUAAAGAAUGAAGUUGGGUACACACCAGGAUUAUCAUGUCACAAAAACACAGAUGGUGAAUCAAUGCUUUACCAAGUUUACUUAUGUGUGGACUCUUCAGCCUCAAACUUCAUUGAAUGCCCUAUUUUCCCCAAAGGAAAAGCUUGUGUUUCUCAAGCACUCUUCCCUUCAUUUCAAGCCAUCACUACCACAACUUCUGGUGUUAAUUAUUCCAAAUAAUCUUGUCGAGUAAUGAUAUGUGCACACAUACUUUUUACGCCGAAAUUUUACCUUUAUUUAGGUGACAAUGUUCUUUUUAACAUUUGACCGAUUGAGAAAAGUGUAGAAUUUCACUGUAAAAAAUGUGUGUAAUUAUUUACUCUUGAUGAUGUUGUUGUAAUAAAUUUGGAUCUUUUUUGGGUGUUGUUAA